AUGCCGCCAGAUCCCAGGCUGGUUGAGAUCUUCCGGACAACAAGAAAGAUGGGAUACGAGGGUGAUGUAGUGAAGCCUGUAUUGAAAAGGCUUCUCAAGUUGUAUGAUAUAAAGAUCGAAUUAAUUGCAGAAGAUAACUAUCGGGUUCUUCUGGAUGCUAUACUCGAGGAGCAACAGGAGGCAAGCUUGGAGGAAGAUGCUCAGGAUGAAAAACCUCCUCUACGGUCGCUAAAAUGGCUACGUCCAUUGCGCUUAAGAGACCGAGAAGCAAUGGUAUCCCCUUCAUCUGGAAACUACAACCCCCAAACCAAUGGAACUUUGCUAAAGGAGCCAAAACAGGAGGAUAUAGAUACACAUUCCACAAGUUCCAUGCAGGUUCCUGCAAGAGAUAAGAGGCCUCUUGUUUUAAGAGAAAAAUUCAUGCAUAUUGAUCCUUCACUGGAGCGAAAAGUGCCUGAUCCCAAUGCCUCGACAAUAGCUAGAGAUGAGCCAGUGAUAGUGUCAGAUUCUAGUGAUGGAGAUACUUCUUCAGUUGGCGAUAUUGUAAUGACUUCACGAGAGCCACAGAAUAAUGUUGACCUUAGAGAUCAUACUAUCAAGUCCUCUUCAAACUUGGAAACUGCUCCAUCCCCUUUAAUGGAGGAAAGGGUAACCAAUGAAACUUAUUUUGAUGAUCUGUUGAGGAAUUCUUGUGCGUCGGAUGUUGUUUGUCAUGCGGGUACUGAUGGAAAUAGUGAAGCCCCAUCUGAUUCUGCCAGAAAUGGCCGCCGACUUCCAAGCUCGUCACUGAAAGGUUCAGCCACCACUGGAAGUCGUCUUUUUGAGAAAGUCACGCCGUCGGUGCCUCUAGAACCUGACGCAUCUGCCGAGCAGCUUCAGCGACUGCCCAUGAAGUUGUGGUUGACGCAAGAGGCUCACCUGAGGAGGAGGAGUAGAUACCAAAUCCACAUAAUCAGGCUCCACCACCACCACCACCUCACCACGCUCCACCUCCGACGCCCCAGUACAACAACCAGAUGGGUCCUUUCACUGACCACUAUUCUGGCCGUCUAG